UUUAAAAAUUAAGGUUGCCAGCCUUGUAACCGCCAAACAAUCUAAAAUGUCUAUAAUAGAGGUUAUGUUCUGUUAUUUUGUUUGUUGCUGUCAAAUAUAUUCAUACUAAAAAUGCCGGAGAUUUUCGAUGAAAGAAACUCCGAAACUUAUAAAAAUCUAUCAGAAAGAUUCGUAAGGCAAUCAGAAGACUACAAUCAACAAUAUCAUCGGAUAUAUACAGUUCGGUUAUCUGAAAUGACUAAAAAUUUAAUGAAUGUAAUAAAGAUGAAAUGGAAAGACGAGUAUCCUGUUUGUAAAUUACAUAGAUUAUCUGAAGAAAAUUACGAAAAAUGUAUUGUAAUCGGAACUAUAUUCAAAAACAUGAAACUAAAGCCUUCAGUUUUAAAACAACUUUGUGAAGCAAGCAGUUUAGUGCCACAACCAAUUCCAGAUCAUUUUACAGAUGAAUCCGACACUUUAUACAUUGAAGAUGAUCUUCAACGAUUUGAAUUAGUGGUUCAAGAAGAUUUUGAUAAAGAUUUUAAUGUAAAACGCUUAAUAACUGGGGUUGUUUGUGCUUUAUUUGGUCAGUAUGAUGAUGUAAAAAGUAAAUUUAUUGUUAUGGAUUACGUGUUUCCAACAUUAGAAGUUAAAAUAGAAAAACCACUUAUUAGUGAUGAUUGUUACAUAGUUUUUAUGAGUGGUUUAAACUUUGUUAACAGUGAAAAUCGUGGUUUAAAAUUAAAAAACAUGUCUGAUUUUAUAAAAGGUUUUUUCGGAGCAAUUAAUAAUGUUGAUCCAAAGAGAAUUGUUCGGAUUAUAAUCGCUGGUGGGGCAAUUAAAAAUUCCAGUAAUAAAACCAAUUUAAAUAAUUUUAAUAAAUCAACUAUAGCCCCAAUAAGUUCCAAUAAUUUAUUAACAGACGCUAUAAAAUCACUCGAUUUAUUUCUAUCAGAUUUAUCACAAACGAUUGAUGUUGAUUUAAUGCCUGGUCAAAAUGAUCCCUCCAAUUUUGUUUUACCUCAAAAACCACUCCAUCAUUGCCUAUUCCCACAAACAAUUCAAUACAAAUCAUUUAAUCGCGUUUCAAACCCAUACGAAUUCGAAAUAGCUGAAAUGCGGAUACUUGGUACAUCUGGAGAACCCAUCCACAAUGUUUUGAAUUAUACGGAUAUUGAGGAACCGAUUGAAGCACUUGAAAGUUGUUUAAAAUGGGGUCAUUUAGCACCAAGUGCACCAGAUACUCUCGCUUGUUUUCCGUAUUAUGAUCAAGAUCCAUUUAUUAUUCAAAAUUUUCCACAUGUUGUUUUUGCUGGGAAUCAAAAGAAGUUCGAUACAAAAAUUGUUAAUGAUUGUGGGAAAGCUGUGAGGAUCGUUUGUGUUCCAGAUUUUUCCUUUACUUCUUCUAUUUGUUUGUUGAACUUGAAAAGUUUAGAGUGUACAGAGAUGGUGUUUCUUUAAUUGUUCUAUUUUAAAUAGUGAUAAAGAACAAUUUUUUUA